ACGGGGGGGACACCGAUUCACAGCCCACGAAGUGCUGCUGCAUAGGGCAGAGGACGGACCGAUUGCGUUGGUGCCGCAACUCCCCGCGCUUCUCCCUCCCGCUGCUCCUCUCAACCUCCAAGCUAUUCCCCCUGUCGCGUACUAAAUGCCUCCUUUCUUCUCCUACACCACCCUCCCCUACCAGCUCACGGAGGACCCUUACCCCAUGCGCGAGUUCUCGAAGUAUUUGGUGGAGCUAACUGACGUGGAGCCGCUGCCCAUCGCCGACGAAGACGCGUGGGAGUUGCACCGUGCGCUGUACAAGUCGGUGGCGCUGGGGAUGUUCCGGUUUUUCGUGGAUCACGAAGACCACGCUAUCGGGGAGCAUUUCGUCGUUUACUACGUCAUCUCGUGGCCCAAGCCAGCGGAGAAGGAAGGGACGGUGGCGCUGUACCCCUUCGCCCCGCUCCAGACAAUCGAUCCGGGAUUGUUGGAGCUCAUACAUCUUGAGCUCCUCUCCAUUGCGCAAGUGAUCGCGAGUGAGGAGGAGGAGAUCCAACCACGAUUGCGGACGGCGACGGCCCCGUGGAGAACGUACAACGCGGUCGUCAUCCCGGAUUACAUUGCGCAGCGCGCGGAGAGAUUGGAGGACUUCCCGGAGGAAAGGCCGUUGCGUCCUCCCUCGUCGUAUCCUCGACCAGCGCAACCGAAGGCCCCCAAGAAGACGCCGAAGAGGAAGAGACGCCACCCGUCGCCAGGAGCGCAAGGCAGCAGGAUCGGCGGCGGCGAGGAGGUGGUUCAGCCCGCGCGUACGUGGAUUUCUGACCCUGUGCCUGGGAGCGCGGCGAUGCUCGUUAAGGAGACUAUCGUGCCAUCGCCGCCCAUUCCACGUGUGCCCGAUCUCAAUCUUGAUGGAGCCGGGCCAUCAUCAUCAGCAGCAGCCGGAGGAGGAAGCCGAAUGGGAUUUCCGAAUCCCAUAUCCAGACCCCCCGUCCUCGCGGGACCUCUCUGUUCCCGCCAGCCACCCCGGGGUGCCCCGGUCAUUGACAUUAGUAGUUCMUCCGAGCCGGACGGUCCAUCCGACCGAGGUGGACUUCAUGGUGGAGCCCGCCAYCAUCAGGCUCGAGGCCAUCGMGGGGGCGCCGCGCCCUGAUCCGGCGUGGGAGCCAUAUCUGACACCCCCUUUCCAAGGGUGUAUUGCGGCGCGAUUGGCGGGGACGCUCAUCUACGAGACCG